GAGAGAUUACAACUCUGGUCUGUACCGUAGUCUGUACUAGUAAGACUUGGUGCACAACGUGCUGAUUGUUGAGUUAAGCUGAGCGUAAAACAACAAAGUAUCUCUAACGUUUAAAUGUUCAGAGUCCUCAGUGUUUAGAGAGUGCGUUAAACUUUGUCCAUAAAUAAUAUUUAAGUGUUUAAUUCCCAGUGCCCUUUUAAAAUGUGUUAUUUUAUUUUUAAUAAUUGAAUGUUUGGAUAAAAAAUAUUAAAAUGGGAGAUAAGCUGCUGCCAAAAUUACUUAUUAUAAAGUAUAUUUUGUGGGGGAUUCUAAUCAACAAGUCAACAGGAUGCCAAUUUUAUCCACUGGGUGAAUAUUUAAAAUUUGUGAGGGUACCGGAAAAUUUUCCACUUGGGGCUGAAGUUCUUUCUCUAGAGAUUCAUCCGCGCAGCCAUUUGACAAUUAUGCCGAUCGAUAAGGAUGAAGAUGCACGUUAUUUUGCCUACAAAGAUAUUAAUGCAACACAUAUAUCUGUUAUUUUGGCGCAAUCAUUAGAGGAACUUGUCGACUCGGAAAUACCGAGGAAUCUUUUGAAAUUUCGUUUUGUCUGUGAUUACUCGGAUGGUGCAAAUUCUUUGGGAUUUGGCUGGUGGCGUUAUUUCACGGAUGGACAAACGUACGAACGAGGUCAGACUUAUCGAGACAGUGCAAUGAACGCAUUUAAAACAUCGUCACAUUUAUCUGUAACGGUGUAUGUAGAAGACAUAAACGACCACGCGCCACAGUUCAUUGGUACACCUUAUCACGUGUUUGUCGACGAAUUUACUCCACCGGGAAUGACAAUAUUUAGAGGUAUUAAUGCUUUUGAUGGCGAUAAACCAAAUACACCAAACAGUGACGUUCAUUAUGCAAUAGUAAAAGGUAAUGAGGAGGGUAAAUUUUCACUCGAGUCUGGUCAUCGAACUGCAUUGAUACUGAGAAAACCUUUGGACUAUGACGCUGGUGAUCGGUUAUUUUCUUUAAUCAUUACAGCAACUGAUCGUGGUGUACCAGCUAAAAGUUCUAACACGACAGUCACAAUAAAUGUCCGUGACAAUGAUGACCUUGGGCCAAAAUUCACCAACGAAAUUUACAAAGGAAAAAUUUACGAGAGUUAUCCAUUUACACGUGACACUAUUCACCAAGAAAUAUCUUUACAAGUACCGAUACAUGCAGAAGACCAAGAUAGAGGGAUAAACACACCAGUAAAGUAUUCUAUAGUAUCUGGAAAUGAACGUGGACUUUUUCAAAUAGAUUCAACAAACGGUUCAAUUUUUCUUAAGCGCGCUAUCGAUCUAGAUACUGAACGUCUAACUUUACCCAACAAUACAUUUACUCUUCAAAUACACGCAUCUCAACUAGACAAUCCACUGAAAUAUUCAUUUGCAAAAGUUCUUAUUGAAAUAAUUGAUUUAAAUGAUAACUUACCGGAAUUUGAACAAGACCAUUACAAUAUAAGUAUUGUGGAAAAUUUACCAAACGGAUUUAGUGUACUUCAAGUGGUUGCUCAUGAUCGGGAUCAGGGUGAAAAUGCCGAUUUUUAUUAUCAACUAGACGAUGAGUCGGGUGCAUUUGCUAUUGACGGUAAAUCUGGAUGGUUAACAGUUAAAGAUGAGAGAGUAUUAGAUCGUGAGAGGAUUUCCCUUAUUCGGAUGAAAGUGUAUGCUGUUGAAAAAAAUAAAAAUAGUGUUGUCAUUGGUGGUAGUAGUGGUGUGGAAAAAUUAAAUUCGAGUGCAGUGUUUGUGCAAGUUAGUAUUUUAGAUGCUAAUGACAAUAAUCCAAUAUUUGUUCCGACCAAUAUAUAUGAAUUUAUGACACGAACAAAUGCUAAAGUUGGAACUGUAUUGGGUAAAGUACACGCUGUAGACAGUGAUCUUGGAAGAAAUGGAGUUGUGAGAUAUGGUAUUCAACAGACUGGAAAUAGUACCACUACCAUCAUCACUAGUACACUGGCACGUGUUCCCUUUGCCGUUGAACCACGUACCGGUGCUAUAUCUGUAGCGGAAACCCCGAUUAUUGAGGGGAGACAUGCAAUCUUUGUUGAAGCUACGGAUCAACCAGCGAAUCCCAGCGAAAGGAGAUUCUCACUAGCCGUUGUCACGGUGGAUGUAUUUCCACCGGAUGAUACAAAAGAUCUCAAGCCAGAUUUCGUUGGUGCGCCGUACGAAUUUUGGGUUGGAGCAAAUGUUGCGGUUGGUACUAGUGUUGGUCAAAUUCGUAUAAAUGAUGCAGCUCAAAGAAAAAAUGCUGCUUUGUACGAUCUUUUGCACAGUUAUCAUGAUGGAGUACCAUUUGCAGUAGAGGAGCAGACAGGAACGAUAACAGUGAUAGAUGAGAUUGAACGAUACCAAAGAAAGUCUUAUGAGUUUGAAGGAGUUGUUAGUAACGAUAAAGAUCUAACUUUAGUUACAAAUGUCUCGAUUAAUGUUGUAGAUCCAAAUGAUAAUCGAGAAUUAUUUACAAAAGGAACAACACGAGCGCCAUUGGUAUAUCACGUUAAAGAAAACAUGCCAAGUGCGUUUAUUGGUCAAGUACUUCCGCGUAAUACUACGCGAAAUGUUACGCGUAGUCUAGUACGUUUUCUUAUUGCCAAUCAACGUGAUGUUCCUGAUAUAGCAAUAACUGAGGACGGUGACCUUUAUACAGUAAGGGGUCUCGACCGUGAAAUCAAACAGAAUUACAGCAUCACUGUUAUUGCUGAGACAACUCGAGGACUCGGGAUAUUCCAAGUAACUAUUAUUGUAGAUGAUAUAAAUGAUAAUCCACCAAUAUUUGACAUGGAAAAAUAUCAAGGUCAUUUAACCGAAAAUAGUGUAUCCGGUACCGAAGUAAUUUUAGAUCAUCGGGUAUCUGUUCAUGAUGCGGACGAGGUAGUAAACAGUAAUUUUAAUUUAACUCUUGAGGGCGAUGCCUCUGAUCUUUUUUCAAUCGAUUCCACGACUGGAAGGGUAUUUUUUACCGGUCACGGAUCUCAUUUGCUUGACAGAGAAAAUAAAUCUACUUACAUGCUACGUAUUAUUGCCAGCGAUGACAUUAAUAAAAAAUCAACCGCGUUAUUACAAAUAAAUUUGGAUGAUGUAAAUGAUAAUCCACCAACAUUUGUUCAAAUGAUUGUUUCUCCUGACUAUGGUAUUAUUGUAUCAAAUCACAAGGAUGGCGAUAACGAUGAUUCUGAUGAUGAUGAUGAUUAUAUUUUUGAAAAAUCGAGCAAGGACAAUGAGCAGCGUCGUCACUCACCUUUACUUAUAGUCCCGGAGAAUAUAACAAUAGGUACUGUGAUAAUCCGUCUACUGGCCCAGGACAAGGACAACUCCAACAAUGCCAAGAUAACUUACAGCAUUGCCAAUGAAACCAUAUAUCCACCUUAUCUACACUCGAUUUCCGAUACAGCAACAACAACACUACCAUCUACAACUUAUUUUAUUAUAAAUCCGAGGUCAGGAGAGUUAUCUGUCGCUCGUACACUUCCUGUCGCACGAAAAGUUUAUUUAAAUAUUAUUGCCGCUGACCCUGAUAACUUGACCGAUCACGUAAUUGUUAGAAUGAAAAUAGUUGAUGUAAAUGAUCAUCCACCAGUUUUUAAAAAAUCUUGGUACGCAUUUGAUAUCAUGGAAGGUGUUUAUAAUAAAUAUAAAAUUGGUAAAAUUAUUGCUGAAGAUUUAGAUCAAGGAAAUAAUGCUAAAAUAAAUUAUAAAAUUGAUUCACAAUCCUCAAAUAAUAAUAGUCGAUUUCAAAUUGGGGAAACGACAGGUAUACUAACAGUUACGGGAAAUCUUGAUCGUGAGAAACAAGACAAUUAUCAAAUAGUCGUGAUUGGAUAUGAUAAUGGAUCAGUAUCGUUGAGUUCGAGUGUUGAUGUUGAAAUAAAUAUUUUAGACGCAAAUGAUAAUUCACCACAAUUUUAUGGAUUUGUUGAUUUUAAAAAUUCAUUACCUAUUUAUUAUACAUCUGUUGCCGAGAACACGCCCAUUGGUACAGUAAUACAUCGUGUUUAUGCAAAUGAUUCUGAUUUUGUGGGUAAUGGAAAUGGUUUGAUUCUAUUUGAUUUGCCAAAUUCAUUUCACCGGCUAUUUUUUACAAUUGAUAGUAAAGACGGUACCAUAUCGACAAUUAAAAAUUUAGAUUAUGAAAAUUUAGAAUUGCACAAUGUUACUUUGACAGUACGUGAUUUAGGAUCACCAAGUCUUACAUCAACAGCAAUGCUGUAUGUAAGAGUAUUGGAUGUUGAUGAGCCUCUAGAGCAGGUUUCAAAUAAACCAGCUUUUCAACAUCGAUAUUAUGAAGUUGAAGUGGAAGAGAAUUCAUUGACACCCUUAAAAUUACUUGAAUUAAAUGUAACUGAUUAUUACUCAGGUCAAGCAAUAAAAUAUGAAAUACUGUCAAAUGAUUCUCAAGUAUUUGAUUUUUUUUACAUUGACCCAAAUAACGGUACACUAUUUUUAAUAAAUUCUGUUGAUCGUGAAUAUCGGGAUAGUUAUGAGUUCAAGGUUAAAGUUGAUCGUAAGACACCUCGUGGUUUACCAACAAUGAUUUAUCCGAUUCAAGAGGAUAAACUUAUGGAUUUAAGAAUAAAUGAAGCUAAAAUAGUUGUAAGGGUGAAAGACAUAAAUGACAAUGCGCCCAAGUUCAAGAGUAAGGGCCGUCCACUGUUGGCUGCUGUACCAGCUUCUGCUAAUUAUGGCUAUGAAAUAAUUAGGGUUGAAGCUGAAGAUAUUGAUGAGGGCAUAAAUGGUGAAAUAAGAUAUAAAAUAUUAGGACGUCAAGAUGCUCCACGGUUUGCUAUUGACCCACUUAGUGGUCAAGUCCGUUCAGUGGGCAGUUUUACUCGAGAGGCUGGACGAGUUUUUGGUUUUGAUGUCAAGGCUACUGAUCGUCGAGGCGCUGAUAACGGACGCAGUAGUAUUGCUAACGUUUUUGUUUAUGUAGUGGAUGAUAACAAGCAAGUGGUAAUGGUGAUGGGACGAAAGCCAACAGAAAUUGAGAAUCAGGUGGAAGACAUCACCGGAGCAUUGAAAAACCUUACGGGUUUGGAUGUUAGGGUAAGAAAGUUAGAACCGCAUAUUGAGAAAAACUUGAUUGAUACUACCUGCACUGACGUUUAUCUUUAUGCAGUUGAUCCGGAUUUAAAUGUAAUGGUCGAUAUGGAAACGUUACAUCGAGUAUUUCGGAGGAAGAAAUCGGAAAUAAAGGGUGAACUGGAGCGAUAUCGUGUACUUGAGAUCACGGGAAAUACACCAAGAAAUAAUUCCAGUCAGAGAUAUUUACUGUCUACCCUUGAAGUUGGGGUAGUUGUUCUGAGUUGUGUUAUAUUUAUCGGUGCACUGGUAGCUAUUAUCUGUGUCAUAUGUAUUCGUCGUAACAAACGCCGUGGACAUGAGAGGACAUUAGGUCCAUCAGCGUCAGCAAUGUUCUCCCCAGUUGGAUUUGCACUUGCAGAGCCAACCGCAACUACCUUGAGAAAGCCGGCCUCGUUAUUUCCAACUUUCGUGGAUGGCCUUCGUUAUGACCCAGAACCCUUUGCCAUCGACACGAGGAGACUAAGUGUCUGUGAGCACGAGCCAGGAUGUGUUCAUCAUGGUCGGUCGCGUAUCAGCUGUACAGGGGGUACUAGCAGCAAGCGAAACCCGACAAGAGGAACUCCUAAUGGAUGUCUUGAAGCUUCAGCAAUGUCUCUACACUCGAGCGGACAGGAUUCUGGAAUAGUUGCGCGUAACUGUCACUGUGGACACUCUUCAACUCCUUCCUCUGGUGAUAGUAGCAAUGGUUACGAAGAUUCUUUAAAAUCUUUACAUCGUAGCACAAGUAAUCAACUUUCGCGCGCUCCCACUGAAUUUAUAAAUGAUAAAAAAGAAUCAAUGACAAAGUCUAACAGAAGACGUCAUCGUUUUCAUUCAUUUUCAAAUGCCGAGUCUUCGAUUUACGCAAGAAAUGCGAGUCUUGAUCGUGAAAUGCGUUAUCGUACAGAAACGGAAAAAAGACACUUGCAAGAUCGACCUUUGCCAGAAAUUCACGUCUCAAGAACAAUGAUCAGACAACAGCCUGGUCCUCAUGAAUUAACGCAAAGUAUGACGAGACUUAAUGGUCCAACGGGAUCAAGUCACUCGUUAUUUUGGUGAUACCAAAGCUUUUUGUAAAUUGUAAAUUAUGUAAUUAUGGAG